AUGGUGCUCAACAGCGAUUCUCCUUGGCUCGCCCACGCAGCACAAAACAUCUUCCUCAUCCUCCUCAGUCUGGCCUUUCUCCCCCUCGACCUGACCAUUCUCUUCCUCAGCUAUGCCAUUCGCUACUUUUUCUACUCUGGCAACAAACCUGGCGUCCUCGCAUCCGGAGAAGCGAAAAAAACGAUUCUUGUCACUGGAGUCGGCAUGACCAAAGGCCUCGCUCUCGCACGAGCAUUCUACCAAGCGGGCCAUCGCGUCAUUGGAGCAGAUUUCGAGCCUGGCUUUGCGUGUGGGAGAUUUUCUACUGCGUUGUCGGGGUUUUAUACUUUGCGAAAACCGACGACAUCAUCUUCAUCUUCCGGCAGCAGCAGCAGCAGCAAGUUAUACGUGCAAGACCUCAUCAAUGUGAUUGUACGAGAACACGUCGAUCUCUGGGUGAGUUGUUCAGGAGUGGCAUCAGCGGUAGAAGAUGGCGAAGCCAAAGAGAUGAUUGAGCAACAAACGAAUUGCAAAGCCGUACAAUUCAAUGUCCGCAUAACGCAAAUGUUGCACGAGAAACAUACCUUUGUGGAACACACCAAACAAAUCGGCUUGCACGUUCCAGAAACCCACACCAUCACCAGUCGCGAGCAAGUAGAGCAUGCAUUACAACAAGCGGCCCCGGGGAGGAAAUACAUCCUCAAAACCAUCGGCAUGAACGAUGCCGCUCGAGGCGAAAUUCUCUCAACUCUCCUCCCCAAAGAAACUCCCCACGCCACGAAAAAAUAUUUGGCAACACUCCACAUUUCCCCUCAAUCCCCUUGGAUUCUGCAACAAUUUAUUCUCGGCCAGGAAUUUUGUACGCAUGCACUCGUCAUUCGGGGAAAAGUUUGCGCGUUUGUCGCUUGUCCUUCUGCUGAACUUCUUAUGCACUAUCGCGCUCUACCCGCGGAUUCUGCUCUUUCGCAAGCCAUGUUGCAAUUCACUCGGACGUAUGCGGCUGCAGAAGGAGAGACUUUUACAGGACAUUUGUCGUUUGAUUUUUUGGUCGAGGGGGAUGAUACGGAUACGACGACGACGACGACUACCCAACGACGACGACGACGCGAUCCGCGGGAAAUUGUCUUGUAUCCUAUUGAAUGUAACCCCCGAGCUCACACGGCAGUUUGUCUGUUGACGAAUCGCAAUCCGGAUAUGAUUCACGCCUAUCUCGAACUUUUGAACGAAACUCCUAACGAAAAUAACAAUAACCCCGAACAUCUCGCCACAACACCAACACCAACAACACCAAAAGAAGAAGAAACAAACUACUACUGGAUCGGCCACGACCUCCUAACUCUCCUCUUCAACCCAUUCCUCUCCUCUCUAACAACCGAGCCACCACCACCACAACACCCCUCCUUCUUCUCCUUCUUCUCCUUCUUCUUCUCCCCAUCUUUUUAUCGCGCCUACAAGCACAAUCUCUUAACAUUUCUCUCUCACGUUCUGACAUGGAAAGAUGGAACGUAUGAAAUCUGGGAUCCGUUGCCGUGGUUUGCUUUGUAUCAUGUUUAUUGGCCGCUGAGGUUCGCCAUGUGUUUGGUCAAGGGGACGAGGUGGAGUCGCGUGAAUGUUAGUACGACGAAGAUGUUUGAGUGUUGA